UUAAGUUACUUUAUUUCCGUUUCCGCUUACGUUUGUUUGUCAACAAACGAAAUACCUACGACGGUAUCUGAGAAUCCACUGUAAUCUGAGUUAUCUAGAACGCUUCAAUUAUUUUGAUUCCCAUCUUACAAUGUUUUAACUUUGAAUAAAUCAAGAUGCCUGAUCGUGGAAGAGAAACUGAGAAGACAGAGAAAAAGAAGCGGACUGCGUCGUCAAGCUCGGAUAGUAGCAGCUCAUCAUCACGAAGCAGAUCAAGGUCCUCGUCAUCUGGCAGUAGUUCUUCUGGAAGCUCUAGCUCCUCUAGAUCUUCUAGUUCAAGUUCUAGUGGAUCAUCUACCAGUGGACGUAGCAGAAGUAGGGAAAGAAAUAGGGCAAGGAAAAAGUCAGGAGAGUCCCCUAAAAGAAAGAAGAGGAGCCCAACCCCUCGUCCAACAAAGGUACAUGUAGGAAAAUUGACGAGGAACGUAACAAGGGACCAUGUACAAGAGAUAUUUUCUGUCUAUGGAACAAUUAAGCAUCUAGAGAUGCCCCCUGAUAGGUCACACCCCAAUUUCUCCAAGGGAUUUGCUUAUGUAGACUUUGCAUCCCCAGAAGAAGCAGAAAAAGCUGUGAAACAUAUGGAUGGAGGUCAAAUAGACGGUCAAGAAGUAACUGCACAGACAGUGUUACCACCUCGGCCAGCUCCCCGUCCAGCCAGACGGAGUCCUUUACCAAACAGGAGAGGCGGACCUCCAGGGCGGUGGCGACCUUCCCCUCCUAGGUACAGAGACAGAAGGUCACCUCCAAGACGAAGAUCACCACAGAGAAGACGGUCACGUAGUCGAUCUCCCGUCAGACGUCGUCGCUACAGUCGAUCCAGCUCCAGCUCUUCUAGAUGAGACCAGUGAUAAAUAUAAUGACUUUCAUUGUCAAGUUUACAAGUUGUUCACUUGAGUGAAUUGAAUCAGACUGUUUUACAAAAACUUUUGGCAGCUCAAUAGUUGAUGGACUUAGACAAAAAGCGCGUGAACGAGCAUGCUCUUAAUAGUGUAUAUGUAUAAAACUUGCAAGAAUGAUUCUUUGUAAUCAUGAUGAAAUGUGAAUAUAAAAGAUUGUAUAGAAGAUUUUACAGACUUGGAAUGAUUUAACAUGUUAUUAGGCAGCGAUAUGUUAUAAUUCAAACAUGCUUUUCCAAGGUAAUCUUUUGUAUAAUUUAGGAUAUGCCAUUUUGUAUUUUCAUUUGGAGCAUAAUUCUUUGAAAUUGUGAUGAAAUGUGAAUAUAGAAGAUUGUAUAGAAGAAGCCAUAUUAAGUUUGUAAGAUUUUUCUUGGUAUGAUUUAUUAUGUUAUUAGUACAUGAUAUGUUAUAAUUGAUACAUGCUUUUCCAAGGUAAUCUUUAUUAUAAUUUGAGAUAUAUUUGGGAUACACCCUCAUGCUUUGUAUUUUCAUUUGGAGCAUAGUCAUUUCAUUUGUCAUUGAGAGCAUCAUUUUGAAUUAUUCAGCAAUUUUGUAAUUUAAUUUUAAUAAUUGUCUUGUGUAUGAAUUAUGUAUUGUAUAAAUUUUUCAUCUGCAAAUAAAAUUUGUCAUGAAAACUU